GACUACACACUGACCAUGUACUUCCAGCAGUACUGGAGGGAUAAGCGCUUAGCCUACUCUGGAAUUCCACUCAACCUAACCCUGGACAAUAGGGUAGCUGACCAGCUCUGGGUCCCUGACACCUACUUCCUUAACGAUAAGAAGUCCUUUGUCCAUGGCGUGACCGUAAAGAACCGUAUGAUCCGACUUCAUCCCGACGGCACUGUUCUCUACGGGCUGAGAAUUACCACGACGGCUGCUUGCAUGAUGGAUUUGAGGCGAUAUCCGCUUGAUGAACAAAACUGCACUCUGGAGAUAGAGAGCUACGGCUACACCACUGAUGAUAUUGAGUUCUACUGGAAAGGAGGAGACGAAGCAGUAACUGGUGUGACACGUAUUGAACUUCCUCAGUUCUCCAUUGUGAAUUACAAACUGGUCUCUCGAAACGUUGUGUUCUCCACAGGUGCAUAUCCACGACUGUCCCUGAGCUUCAAACUGAAAAGGAAUAUUGGUUAUUUCAUCCUGCAGACCUACAUGCCCUCCAUUCUGAUCACCAUCCUGUCCUGGGUCUCCUUCUGGAUCAACUAUGAUGCAUCAGCAGCUAGAGUAGCUUUAGGCGUCACCACUGUGCUGACAAUGACCACCAUCAACACCCAUCUAAGAGAGACACUCCCCAAGAUCCCAUACGUCAAGGCCAUUGAUAUGUACCUGAUGGGCUGUUUCGUCUUCGUCUUCUUAGCUCUGCUUGAGUACGCCUUCGUCAAUUACAUUUUCUUUGGUCGAGGCCCUCAGAUGCAGAAGAAGCUGGCUGAGAAGGCUGACAAAGCCAACAACGACCGCAGCAAAUAUGACGGAAACAAGGUGGACUCUCAGGGGAACAUUCUGCUGACUACGCUAGAGAUCCAUAAUGAAGUAGCCGGAAACGAGAUCACUACCAGCAUUACCGAUGCUCGAAACUCCACCACCAUGGUGUUGGAUAAUGCUGGCAUCCAGUACCGGAAGGCGACCGGCCCACAUCGAGAUGCAGGAAGACACGGUCUGGAGCGUAAUGCACAGCCCAAGAAAGCUCGACUGCGCAGACGCUCCUCGCAGCUCAAAAUCAAAAUCCCUGAUCUAACAGACGUCAACGCCAUCGACCGAUGGUCACGGAUAAUAUUCCCCUCUGCCUUUUCCCUCUUUAAUUUGAUCUAUUGGCUCUAUUAUGUGAAUUAA